UUUAAAACACCGGCCCUGUCUACUACAGGCAAGGGCAAGAGGCCAUAAACAUUACAAAUAGAGAAGAGAUAGAAGAAGAAGUAAAGUAACGGCAUAACCUAACUUUCCCACCCGAUCGGAUGGCAGUAGUGUAAAUAAUAGUAUUUUAUUUUUUAAACUCCAAAAAUGGAAGGAGACCUUUUAACUCAUGAGGAUCUAUUGAAAAGACAUAAGCAAGAAAAGAAAGACUUACAAUCUAAAAUACAAUCAAUUAAAAAAAGUGUUCCAAAAGGUGACAAAAAGAAAAAGAAAGAAAUUACAGAUGAAAUAGCCAAAUUAGAAUUGGAACUAGAUGAAAAACACAAGAAUGAGCUUGAUGAAAAUAAAUUUAGUAUUUUACCAACAGAAGAAAAUAGUAUAGAACAGACCGAGAACAAUGAAAACGAGACUGAUGAACAAGAAUCUGACAAUUUUAAUAAUACUCGGAUCUCCAGGGCUCAAAAAAGAAGAAACAAAAAGGAAUUUGAAGCAAAAGAACGAGAAAAGAGAAUAAUAGAACAAUCUGAGAAGAAUAGGGAAGGUCCCAGAGUUUUAGAAACUAAUGCAAUUAAACAAGUACUUAGAUCGAUGAAUUUAAAAUUGCACAAUAUUCCAGCAGAUGGAAACUGUUUAUAUUUAGCAGUUAAUCAUCAACUACAAAUAACAGGUAGAUCAAUGAGAUCUGUCAGUGACUUAAGAAAAACAACAUCAGAUUUUAUGCGACAAAAUAAAGAUGAUUUCCUUCCUUUUAUGUGCAAUGAACUUGACGAGUCUGAAAUAGUUAGUGAAGAACAAUUUGAAAACUACUGUAAAGACGUGGCUACGACAAAACUUUGGGGAGGACAGUUGGAAUUAAGAGCUUUAUCCAACAUUUUAACUUGUCCCAUUAAGGUGAUUCAAGCUGUUGGUGUUCCUACAUUACAAGGGGAGCAGUUUACGGGACCAGAAUUAAUAUUAACCUAUCAUAGACAUCUGUACCGAUUAGGAGAACAUUAUAACUCAACUACUCCUGUUGAUGGAGAUGAAGAUGAUGAUGUAUGAAAAUUACUGCCACUAGCUCUCAUUAGAAAAUUUAAUAUAAAUACAGGGUGGCAUAUUAAUUCCAGCAAGAUAAGUAUUGCUUCUUUUGUUAGAGACACAAAGGAAAGUUUAAUAGAAAAAUUGUAUGGGAUAUUUUUUUCUGCAUCUAACGAAAGAGUAGGUAUUGAGCUCUGUCAGACAAACAAACCCUGUACUUGACAAUUUUGUGUGAAAUAAUUUAUAUGGUGGGGAU